AUGUCUUUAACAGACGACGCGAGGAUCGAUCAUGUGGUGGUCGGGUACGCCGAAAAGGUUGUCGACAGGUUCCCAGUCGGGAGCUUCGAUAGCAGCCUUAGACCAGUGGCGGCGGUGGCGGGACCAUUAGGGGAAGAGGGAGAUGCGGUUGUAUGCUCCUACCCUGGGUCCUCUGAUAAGGCCACUUGUCGUGUAGCAGUCUAUCGGGCCUGCGAGGACGGCUCGUCACAACUUGUUCACGCAGUUAUCGUGAAUAUUCCUCGAGAGGUCGUGGAGGGUACUAGGGUCACUCACAUGGCGAGUCAAGUGGAUCGCAAGUCCGGUGGUAUUGCGUUCAGCCUUCUGACGGCCUCGUCGGUCGUCCUGUCCCUCAACAUCCCCCCUCGAUUGCACCGGUCGGACUCUGUCUGGAUCAACCGGCUCGCCUCUCUAUCCCAGCGUGUCACCACUGUCGCUGGUCUAACUGGGCCGGCCACGUCGUUGACCCUUCUUGGUCCUGGAUGGGCUGCCAUUGGCUGUGCUGAUGGGAACGUUACGUUGGCUUGGCUCUCUACUUGCGAUGACGGCCAGGAAACACCGAGUUUGUGCGAGAAGAACCUCGGCCUUGUUGCGCGGAAGAGUGUCUGGUCCAAAAUGACCGGCAUGUUCAGAAGUUCCCGUUCGCCAUCAACCGUCUCGGCUGCGGUGGUGGGGUUGGUACCGCUUCCCAACCAAGAGCUCCUCUCUGUCACUGCUGAUGGUUGCUGUCGCCGAUGGUCCGAGCCCCUCUCUGGUUACGCUGGCACUCCGCCUGCGAGCGAGACUAACCUUGAAAUAUGUGGCGGCAUCGUCGUCAGCAACUUCUAUGGGGAGGACCUGCCGGGGUCUCUGGCGGUCGGAAGGCAGGAUGCUGCGGGGGCCUGGAUUGUGAGCAUCCUCGAAAUAGACGAGGAUGGGUCCAUGACCGAGGGCUCCUCGAUAGACCUGCCCCUCCAGCCGGGGUCAGACCUACUCCGGCUGUGUAUUGGUGACCAACAGCUACUCGUGGUUGCACAGAGCCCCGACAACACGGUUGAGAUUCUGGUCGGUGAUAUCUCGCCCGAGAAUGGUGGGGAUGGCGCCGUGGCCGGCUUCACAGUGUGCGCCACGUCUCAGCAACAAGGGAAGCGGAAAUUGGAGCUGGCCAGAGGCGUCACUGUUGCUGACCUUGAGGACCUUCGAGCCUCCCAUGGUGGUGAAGCCGUGUCAGAGCUCUGUUCACUGCUGCCUCCGCCGCCGUUCCCGGUAUUCUAUGUAGCCGAUAGCUGCUCCAACGCCCUCAGUAGUCGGGACUUCUCAGUGGCAUGGUGGACUUGGACGCUAAUCUCGCUUGGUUCUGAGAGCUCUCCAGAAUCCAUCUUUGCUAAACUGAAUGCGGGGAAGAGCGUGUCAGCGGUACACGCCUUGGCCAGGAGCCUGCUACCGUGUAUCGAUGCAGCUGGGGACGAGAAGAGAACUGCCGUUGGGUUUGUAGGAAACUCCUUCCUGGUCACCACGGCACAUUCAGUAGCUGCUCUGAGACCCGUCGACGAUCUUUUCGAGGAGAGUCUCUUGAGGUUCGGCAUGGGGCAUUUCCUGGCUUGUGGAGGGGCCGAGGAUCUUCUAUUGACCGACGAGGAAGCAUCGGAUCCUCAGCGGCUCUGCUCGGCGGCACUCAUGGCGGGAGCUCUGACUGUGACGAACACUACUGUAUUAUCAGCCCUCGCUGCAGGUCACGUCGAGUCUGUGGUAGAGGCUUGUGCGGCGGCGCUCAACUGUGACGAUGCGGGCCUUCGGAUGGUCGGCGAGGCUUCGAACCAAAUUCGAGAUCUCGAGGGAGCUGCUCGCGAGGUCGAGGUCCUGAUUGCCUCGACUCGGCAUGUUCCCAAUGAGGUCCUUGCUGGGCUCGCCAUUUGGACUGAGUGGGCUUUGAACAACGGCGCACUGGACAGCCAGUGCGGCGCAGCAACGGUGGAGGAAAUUCGAGGAUUGCACGAAGUCGUUUUGGGUGAAUUGCACGCCUCGCUCACCCUCGAGCUCGCCGUGGACACGUCUGCUGUUGUGUUGCGGUGUGGCACUGAAGGGCUGACGAGGGAGGAGCUUUUGAAGCGCCUGAUGGAGUAUCCAGUGGAUGCCAAGGAGGUUUUGAUACCUCUGGCGAUCCUCCUCCGAGGUGGCAGAGCAGAGGGCUACGUCAAAGCUAGGUCGAUCCUGUCUGACGCCGACAGCUGUACUUCCGAGAAGCUAGCAUACGUCCUGAAGCUCCUGACUGGUGUAUGUGUUGAUGCCCAUGGGCCCCUCUCCUCCGUGUUGGGCUCUGGUGGCAGCCUCCCACAACACUGCGUGAGGCUGUGUUGUCAAGCUGGAUUCUUCGAGGCCGAAGUGACCUUUGCCAAGCUGCAGGGCAUUGAUGUGGCCGAUUUGUUCGAUCGGGCUCUGGAACUUCACGACUGGGAUACGUGUUUGGAGGCACUCGCCGAGAGAGCCACUCCUGAACGGCUGUCAGCGAUGGCUCGAGAGCUCGAGCGUUGUGGUGAACUGGGGUGGCUUAUGGGAGCAAGGACUGAGAAAAGCGCUGCCGAGGCUGCUACUGCGGAGAAGCUCCUCGAUGUCAUUGUCUCGUCCGCGAGGCCCGAGAGUGUACGAGAGCUGGAGCAGUUGUGGGCCGUGUUGACCAAAAGCGGCGAUCGAGAGCAUGCGGCAAGGCUGGCUAUCAGGGGGUAUAUUGACUAUGGCGGACGCGUGUGGAUGCCGGAGCCUCCUCGGGGCUUCCUUGCUGCGGACUGUACUACCCCUCCCGGUGAGAUUCCGUAUGAGCUUCGGCAACCUGAGGUUGUGGAGUUGGUGGAGAACUCAGAGCCAGAGGUUGUUCUGUCAACGUUGGAUCGGUUGCAGUGCCAAAAGAAGACCUUGUUGUUGGCCAAGACUAGUCUGAAGCGCAUGAGUUCCCCCCGGGGAGUGUUCGUUGCUCUCCGAAGUGGCGAGCUAGCUGCUGAAGGAUCGAGGUUCCUCUUUGUCGACCCUGCCUGGGUUCAACUCAGACUCCGCUACGUUUCGCUCUACUCAGCGGUGGUAGAACUCACCCAUGUGAGUGUUGGCGCUGUUGACCCAUGGCGUCUCUGUCGAAUAGGCUCAUCCUUGGGUCUCCUGAAACCGGCUGUGGAAUUGGCCCGUUUGGGUGGGUUGGACCCCUGGUCCUCCUGCUUCUUGCCAUUCGUGGAGCUCAUACGACGGAAUGAGGGACCGGCCCUUUCGAGAGAGGAUGGAGAGCCCUCGUUGAUGCGAUAUGCCUUCACAAGGUUCGACUCUGUCUCGCCUCUACAGUGCGAUGGCAGUAUCACCGAGGCACUGUGGUCGACCCUACUGCUACUGGCCAACAACGAUUCUUACUCGCUCGCCCACGCGCUUGUCUAUUUGCUCCGUGUUGAGAAGUCAGCAGUCCCCGAGGAUUUGGUGACCAAGUUGGAGGAGCUCGACUGGUUGGCGCUACUACGAGCCUAUAUGGUUACCGGCCAGCUCCGCCAAGCCGCCGAUCUUGCCCUGCAGCAGGUCGACGAAUGGGAGCCUCAGAACAAGAAGUCGCCUAUGGAUUUGGCAUUAGUAUUACAAGUGAUGGAGGCUGUGGAUGUCGCUGUUGAGCAAGGAGACGAUGAACUGGUGUCCGAGAGAGACGGUCUGGCUGAGGCUGUCGAGGGUCUGAGGGACCGCUUACGUAUAGAUGAUGAGAGAGCAGUCGGACUGGCUAGGCUCGGUCCUAUGUCCUUCUGA